AUGAUCCGGAAAUGCAUUUUAAAGUUAAUUUUUUUUAAUCAAGUUUUGGAUACAGGUAUUCAGUCUAUAAUUGAAAGAUUUGAUAAGCUAUCUGAACAUAACAGUUUGUUUUCGUUCUUAUACAACAUAUCAAUAAUUGAAGAUGAAAAUGAAUUGUUAAAACACUGCAAGGAUCUACAACUUUCUCUUACUUCUAAUAAUGGCCUAAACACAGAUAUUAAUGCUUUAGAAUUACAUCAAGAACUUAUUUCAUUUAAAAGAUGUUCAAGGAAUGAAAAAAGUGAUCCACGCAAGGUUUCGGAGUACAUAUGUAAAAGAAAAAUGGUGGAGCUUUUUCCCAACCUAGUCAAAGCACUUAAGAUUUUACUGACAUUACCUAUAAUUGCAGCCAGUGCCGAAAGAUCAUUUUCAAAAAUGAAGAUUAUGAAAAACUACUUGCGGUCCCAAAUAUGUCAAUUGUGUUUAGUUGGUCUGGCAACUCUUUCAAUUGAAAAAGAUGUAUCAAACAAAUUGGGCAUGGAAGAAAUAGUAGCAGAUUUUGCAGCAUUAAAAGCCAGAAAAAUAAAAAUUAUAAAAAAAGUUAAAAUGUUGGAUUUAUUAUUAUAUCGAUUUUUAAAUUUUUGUAAAGAAAAUUCAUUAUUUUAA